AAGGUCCUAAAAGAAAAUUCAAUAACUUUAAAAUAGGAAGUCCGUUUUCAUUUGUUGAUGACUCUCAAACAGAUCUCUCCAAUGAAUCAAAAGCCUCCUCCUCCUCCUCCGCCGUACAGUUACGGCGGAGGACCUUCCUCCUCCUCCUCUUCAAACACAACAAUCGGGACGUUGAGUGCACGCGCCAAGCAGACGACGCAAUCAGUGAUCGCCACGCUCCGUCCAUGGCGAAUGCUUCUGGAUCUAUCCGCGCUCUCUCUCCCUCACAGUUACAACGAAGCCAUGGCGAACCUGAGGCACAACCUCUCUUACUUCCGUGCGAACUACGCGCUCGCCGUCCUCGGCGUCGUUUUCCUCGGCCUCGUUUACCACCCGAUCUCUAUGGUGGCGUUUAUCGUCGUCUUCAUCGGGUGGAUCCUCUUCUACUUCUCCCGCGACGGCAACGAUCCGAUUGUGGUUUCGGGGAGAGAAGUCGAUGACCGGAUCGUGCUGGCUGUACUUAGCGUGGUGACGGUUUUGGCGUUGGUUUAUACAGAUGUAGGCGAGAACGUGCUGGUUUCGCUGAUCGUUGGUUUGCUCUUCGUCGGAGCUCACGCCGCGGUUCGUAAUACCGGUGAUUUGUUUCUUGAUGAAGAAUCUGCUCGCCAGGGUGGAUUAGUCUCCGCCGGUUCGGUUAACCGGGGACCGGGAAGUUAUACCCCAAUUUGAGUUACCGGUUUAGUUACAUUUCUUGUGGUUCGCUUGAAAGCUGGGCUUUGCUUUAGUUACCCAAGAUUACUUUGUAAUGUAUUUGUUUGUUAAUGAAGAUUACUUUGAGUUGUGUUUCAA